GCCCUUCAUUCAGCUGCAUUGUCGCUGCUGGGAGGAAACAGGCCUGGACACACAUAACAUAUCCCCCUCCUCUUCUCCUUCUUUCUCCCCCUGCCAUCUUGCAGGUAAACUUGCCAGGGGUCCUGGGCUGAGAAAGUGGCCAAACCCUCCCACAGUGGGAUGUUUUCUCUGCUGCACUCUGGGCUGGUUCCUAUUCAAAUGUGGGUCAGGGGUGAGGAAGCCUAACGUCAUAAGCUUGCAACAUGGCGUCCCGAAGGCAGUGAGAUGAGCAAGAGGAUGGUAAAGAACGCUUGAGAACGAUCCCACCGAUGUAAGAAGCUUCAGGUGGUGCUCGUGUAGGAAGAGAGAGAGAGAGAGAGAGAAGGAAAGAAGGAAAGAAGGAAGGAAGGAAGAAAGGUGGAAAUGGAACUGCCAAAUCAUGCCAAACACCUGCUGCUGCAACUCAACCAGCAGAGAGCCAAGGGCUUCCUGUGUGAUGUCAUCAUCGUUGUGGAGAAUGCACUUUUCCGUGCCCACAAGAACAUCCUGGCAGCAAGCAGCAUUUAUUUCAAAUCUUUGGUCCUCCACGAUAACCUCAUUAACCUGGAUACAGAGAUGGUUAAUCCCUCUGUAUUUAGACAAGUGCUGGACUUCAUCUACACUGGGAAGCUCCUGUCCUCAUCGGAUCAGAGCAGUGAGCAGAACUUCAGUGCCCUCUUAACUGCAGCCAGCUACCUCCAGCUCCAUGACCUUGCUGCUCUGUGCAGAAAGAAGCUGAAGCGCAGUGGUGGGAAACCUCUGCCAGGUAAACCCUCCACCCCAGGUCCCCAUAGCCGCUUACGCCUCAACAACCAGAGACUUUCCUCUUCUACCCCUGCCGGCCCCAAGAACCACUAUCCUCCAACUCCCUCUGAUGCCGACCAGCAGCAGCCAGAUGAAGGCCUUCGGGACAAACUGUCAGAUGACGAGAUGUUUGUUGGCAGUUCUGGGAAGAACGGUAAUGGGGGAAAUGGCAGUAAUGGUAACCUCAGCAGUGGAGGUAGUGCUGGGGAACCCGACCUUGGACUAGAUCUGUCCAAGAAGAGCCCUCCCUCUGCGGGAACAGGCACCGAUGCCCUCAGCCCAAACAGCAACUCCCAAGAAUCCCCUCAAUCUGCCUCAGUAUCCACAACCAACAGUGCCUCACUGGAUGACUCCUCAGCCACCCUACCAGGUGUAGACACAUGUGGCUCAGAAACCAUGGAGCUCAACCCUUCCUCAAAAACCUCAGAGGAAACCCAAAACCAGCCAGACGGGCCCCCACCCCAGAAGAAAUCCAGACAGGGUGCUCGCAAGAACGAAUGGCCUAAGAAAGAGGCGUCAGGGUUGAAGUCCGAAAAUUUCGACAAGCCCCUGGUUAAUGGAGUGAUUGUGGGUCCUAAAGAUGGCCGCUCCUCUGGGGUGGGAGGGGGCAGUGGUAGCAGCUUUGCCUCGGACCAGUCGUUCCAGUGUAAAGAUGAGGAAGAGGGAGGAGAAAACGGCCAGGACCACAGCGAUGAAAGCGGUCAAAGUGAUGGAGAGAGUGCCGGAGGUGGAGGAGGAACAGGAGGGGGAACUCAGAGCGCCAACUACGUGUACAGGCAGGAAGGGUUCGAGCCCGCAUUUGGGGACAACCUCUACGUGUGCAUUCCCUGUGGUAAGGGCUUCCCCAGUUCUGAGCAGCUCAACGCUCACGUGGAGACUCACACUGAGGAUGAGCUCUACAUCAAAGAAGAGGGGGGGACCUUCAUGAAAGAGGAAGACGAGGAGGAGGCGGAGGACCUCUCGGCCCCUGUAGGUCCCUCCAACUUUGGCUCUGAAACACGUCCAUUCAAGUGCACAGUCUGCAGUAAGAGCUACAAAGACCCAGCAACACUGAGACAACACGAAAAGAGCCACUGGCUGACCAGGCCCUUCCCCUGCAACAUCUGUGGCAAAAUGUUCACCCAGAGGGGCACCAUGACGCGCCACAUGCGCAGCCACCUUGGCCUCAAGCCCUUUGCAUGUGAAGAGUGUGGCAUGAGGUUCACACGCCAGUACCGUCUGACAGAGCACAUGCGGGUCCACUCUGGGGAGAAGCCGUACGAAUGCCAGCUAUGCGGGGGGAAGUUUACCCAGCAGCGCAACCUCAUCAGUCACCUGAGAAUGCACACCUCACCCUCUUAGAAAUGCAUCAUGCCAAAGAACUCUGGGAAUCGAAAACAUUUCUCUACCUUUUUUUCCAUCUCAAAAGCAAAGAAACGCACACAAACGCAUUGACACGCAGACUCACAUAGUUCUACAUAUGAAUUCCAGUUUACGACACCUUGGCUAAGUGAAUGAUGUUGCUGUUAGCCACAGUGGGCUCUUGGUGAUGGUGGGAUCUCGUUGACGCAGGGAUCGUGUCGUCGUUUAUAUCAUUCACUCACCUCUCAGGAGUUCUAGAUGAACAAUGUACUCCUGUCACUCUCCAAAGUCACGAAGCCAUGGUGGAGUGGCAAGACUUCUGGUCUGCGUUGCAAGUCUCUCAAAUGUGAAUGUGGGAACUAAUAUAAUGUCAAACCCCCUCACCUCAUACCCCUCUGCAACCUUCCUCUCUACCUUUGAGCAUUGAGUCUUUGAGUUUUUCAGAUUGUUCCUCAGACAGAUUAACUCGAGAGUCCCCUCUGCACUUCAGUGCUGUUUUGACCAAAAACCCGUGCAAACAAAACUGGCAAUAAUUCAGCUAAAAGAUUAUUUUUACCCUGACAGCUUUAUGUCCUUCGUUACGUUGGUGACGGGGGAUCUGUAUGUAAGAGGAGGGAUAACUGGGUUUGGGACCAUCUGCAUGCUUUAACUGAAAGUCCUGAAAGAAAGUUCAUGGUGGGAUAACAUUGGAUUAAGUUUUAGUUUUUACAGAAAACAGAUUCUCAAAGUCCUUCUCUACAGCUGUGCACAGUAAUAUAGAGAGGAUUGUUUUCAGCUUUGCCUGCUAGUGCUUCCAGGAUUAAUCCUGGUUGGAAAGAUGAACCCUUUGAGGUACUUGUUUUACUUAAAGAACUUGUAAUGUUUCAGUGAAUGUUUAAACUGGAAGGUCUUGGGAUUUUUCUUGUGGAGGGGAGGGAUUUGGG